AUGGACAACGACACCCGGGGUUGGAUUAUGUGCGCCUUCAGCGGCCUGGCGUGCAUUGCCGGCGCCACUGUGAUUUGCGUCGACAUCCCGAUCCGCCUCCUCCCGGGCAAGCGCCACUUUCGCAUCCAGGAGAGCAAUGCGUUCCUCGCUUCGUCGCUCAGCUUGAGUUUUGGUGUUAUGCUCUUCUCUGCCCUCUACAGCAUGCUCCCCUCUGCGAUGCGCUACCUUUUAAAAGACAACUGGGAAGAAAACAAGGCCGGGUUGAUAAUGAUGGGUUGUUUCGUCGGCGGCUUCUUCGGCAUCCAGGUCGUCUCGCGCGUGCUUCACCAAUACAUGCCCUCGCACGUCGUCGACUGCGAUCAUACCCACGACCAUUACCACGACGAGGAAGAGGGUCUCAGCCACGACCAUCAUGUCCUGUCGAAACAGUCGUCGCAUACUCACCAUGAAAACGGGCAUACGGCCAAGCCAAAUGCCACCGAGGUAACACCCCUACUUUCCGGCGACCCCCCGCGCAACGGGCACAUACACACCGAGCUGGUCGACACCGAGGCCGCGCCCGCCGCCGAAGCUGUCACCCACUUUCAUGGAACCCAGCGCCGGGCAUCCACGCAAAUAAAGCGGCCGGCCGCAAAACCUCACAACCGGGUCCUGUCCUUCUUUAAGGAUACGAAGGCCAACUGCGACGAGGACGGCCCCUGCUUUGGCUAUUCGGAUCCUUGCGGCCAGGAGUGCUUCAAACACAUCGGCACCCGGACAGCAUUGACAAGAAACGGAAUCAUCCUCAGCGAGGGCCGUGACGAGAGUCUCGACGGUUCUGUCAUAACCCCGCGGUAUAGCAUCCUGCGUACACCAUCCCACCACGCCCAUGAUGACGACUACGACGAAGACUACCAUUUAUACCCCAGCCAUGAGCACCACGACGAAGGCCACCACGACGAGCAUCAUACCCAUGGCCACAACCACAGCCACAACCACGGCCAUGACCAUGACCACGACCACCACAGCAGCGCCGACACCGACGCCGACACCGACACCACAGACCCCAAACACCACGCCCCCACCGACCCCGAAUCCCAACAACAACACCACCACCACGUCCCCGCCAACGCCUUCCUCUCCAUCGGCCUCCAAACCGUCAUCGCCAUCGCCCUCCACAAAUUCCCCGAAGGCUUCAUCACCUACGCGACCAACCACGCCAACCCGACCCUGGGCUUCAACGUCUUCAUGGCGCUCUUUGUCCACAACAUCGCCGAGGGCUUCGCCAUGGCUUUACCGCUGUACAUGGCCCUCGGCAGCCGAGUGCGCGCCAUCUUUUGGUCGUCGCUCCUCGGCGGGUUCAGCCAGCCGUUGGGGGCUGCGUUUGCCGUGGCGUGGUUUAAACUCGCCAAGAGGUCGAAUUUUGAGAUUGAUAGUACGGCGUAUGCGUGUUUGUUUGCGGUUACGGCGGGGAUUAUGACUAGUGUGGCGCUGCAGUUGUUUGUGGAGAGCCUGAGCUUGAAUCAUAAUCGGAAUUUGAGCAUUUUCUUUGCGUUUUUGGGGAUGGCGCUUUUGGGGGUGAGUAGCACGUUGGUGAAGCAUUGA